AUGCCAGACCCAGCAGAGGAUCCAGUUGACGCUGUCAAGUGGAUGGUUCAAAACCUGAUGAAAGACCUACAGGAGGCCAAAAUGUGGCCAAUCAAAAUGGCAUCCAUGAAGCACCAGGAGAAAUUGCGUAGCUCCUUGGCACAAGCCGCGCAAUCGCUGGAGAUCAACUACUUUGAACUGAAGGCAGUGGUUGACGAGGUUGCCCGAGCCGAGGAUCAAGAUAUUGAGUUUGAUCUUGAGCCAGCUUGUUUCGACAUACUUAGCAAAGCCGUUGAUGCCCGGACCGACUACCAUGAACUUGCAGAGCAAGCUGCCCAGCUAUGCAAACCAGUUCGCAAAAAGAAGGACAGAGCAAAGUCACCUGCAGCAGGGUCAACGGCGACGAACCCACCAUCCAAGCGACCUCGGGCCGCGCAGGGGCCGCCGCAAUUGGAGUUUGGGGAUAAUCUGGUUGAUGAGUUUGCCACAGGGCAAAGCAGUGCCAGCCGGGCCGGCGUUUGGGGUGACAUGAUGCAUCAGGGUGGUGUCUACCAUGAUCGUUUAGCACCUGUACUUCGCGAAGCUCAUCGGGACUUCCUGCAAUGGAAAAAGGCCAACAAGGUGGAGUGCAGCCAGCCACGCUUCACGCCAGCACGGUUGCACAGGCUUUCCUGCCUUACAAUCCAAAGCUAUGGCAAGUAG